AUGAUAAUUCUGUUCUUAAUAAAUUAUGUUGUUGCUUAAAUUUUAUAUUGUGAUGUGAAAGUUGAUGGAAUAGAAAAGGGUUAAUUAACAUUCUAAUUACAAUGUGACUCAACUCCACAAUCUUGUCUUAAUAUAUAAGAACUUUAAGAUUUCAAACUUAGUCACAUUUCAGAAUAAAAAAUGGAAAUUACAAAUCCAAUAAUAAACAAGAAAUGGAAAUCAGAAAUCAAUAAUUUAUAUACUUAAUUUGGAGCUAUAGGAUAAUAGAGAAAUAUUGAAUCAGGAGAAGUAGAUUAAACCUACACUAUAUUUCUUAAUAAAUAAGAAUUUGAUGGACCAAAGAGUUAAUGGUUAGUAAUUGGCAAUAUCAUUCGUCAAGAAGACAAAGAAUUACUCAAUUAUCUAAAGUGGACAUCUUAAUCAUCUAAUCAAAUUCCCAAUAGAGAUAUUAAAUUUAAGUGUUCACUUUGA